AUGGCCAAUGGCCUCGCCGACGCGGGGCAGGUCGCCCUUAUCGACGAACCAACCACUCCGCUCGAUGAUGAUUCUAUUAUUGCUUCGUCGCAGCAAAGCUUUCCCCCGACAGAGGCGCCGGGUUCCCCAAUAGACCCGGGGUCUUCGUUCAAAACCGAGCUCAAUGAAGAUCGUGCGGCGGCGUCCGUAAUCCCGUCGUCGCUGACCCCGCCUCCCUCCUCCCAGGUAACCAACGCUGUUGGCGCGGGUGCGGUCAAUCUGCAACGCUCCGGAAUUUUUUCGCCGCCGGCGACCGGUAUCAACGGUGCCAGGCGCGAAAGCGUGCCGGGCGAUUUUAUUCCCCCAACCCAAUCCCAGAUUGCUGAUGCGUCUGUCGAAGAGCUCCGAAGCUUGCUCCAGGCAUGCAUGGCUGACCAGGCACGGCUCAAAAUGGAAGCCGCCCACCACAAGCUGCAAUUCAACAUGCUCGCCCUUCGUGCCGAAGAAGACACAAAACGCGCCGCCGUCGAGCACGAGAUGACCAAGAAGGAGGUGCAAGUGCUGCAGCAAGCCGAAUGCGCACGCCAAGCUCGCCGCGACAUCACCGCUGCCUCGGAAUCCACACAAGCCAAGUACAUGCAACUUAGGGCGUUGCAUGAACUAGUGCUCGAGGAGAACGAUACUUUGCACAAAAAGUUCAAGGCGGCAAAGAAGGUCAUACAGCAGAAGGAGGACGAGAUCGCCAGCCUAGCAGACGAUCGGGAGAUGCUUCUGAACCGCAUCCGGGAGAACCGUGAACACUUCCACCUGCUCUGCAGCCCUGGAGGUAUGUUUCAUGGGGCCGUAACGCCUAAGCCCCAAGCUACAAGCCCUCAGCAGCAACGAGCCACCCCGCGGCAGACGCCUAGGACAGCGCACCGAGACAACCACCGGGACCACAGCCAAGAAGGGUUUGCCGUCCUGCUUCAGGCACUCACGCAAGACAACAACAGCGCCCCUUCGACCCCCAUCGUCGGCCAACGCCCAGCACCCCGUAUCCCGUUAAAGCACACUCGCAACGUCCAGUCCAUGUCUUCCUUGCCGUCCACGCCGAUCGCCCGCACCCCAGCAAACAACAGAGGGCUCCUCCCGUCGAUCGAUCUUGUACCACAAACCGAGCCGCCUCACCGCCAACCUCGCUUCGUGCCCGAUGCGCCGGCCACGCCCAAGGGCCGGGAUCGGCGCAAGAGCAGAGAGAGCACGAUUUCGGCCGAGGAUAACCAGGAGCUUGCCCGCCAGGCACUGCAAUCCUUUGUCUCCCGCGGCUCGCAACAUUCACAAACCUCGCGGCGGCGUCUGUCGGAUGAGGAGGCAGAAGCGGAAAUCUACGAGAGCCAGGCCAGCCAAGCGGCCUCGGAGAUGCUCCGCCGUGACGCACGGGAGAGUUUUGAAGUCGCCGGCUCGGUUGGGAACUCCAGGGAUGGCACACCGGCGGCGGCGGACAGGAGCGCCAAACUGCAGGCGAAGUUGUUUGGGGGCCUGAAUAAGGGCGGGCUGCCGUCGCAGGGAAAGCGCAAGUUCAGCGCGCAUCAUGGCGAGGUGGCCGAUGGGUAUUCGGUGCAUGACCGCAUCACGAGCCCAACCAAAAAGUUGCGCGAGGUCGGCGGGCUGAGGGACCCCGGCCGUGUCGGUCUCGGGAUACAAUAUGGCAGAGAGAUCUAA